CUGAGGUUUUGCAGACUUUUGCUCUCAUACUCACUCCAGUCCCUGUCAGUUGUUUUAACAACAUGACCUUUUGUUGUAGUAGGCUAGUCAACCGCAGUCCUCGUUUUUUCCCGUAGUACGGUCAGUUACAACAUUACUCUGUUCGCAUUUAUCCUAGCAGGCGUUAUUAUUCAUCUCCAUCGAGAGCCAUUUCCGAUUGAGAUACAAUAUCGAAGCGUUCGUGAUCUAUUCAUUCCAGAUUCAGCACCCCAGCGCAAUUUGUCAAUGGCGUAAGUAACACGCAAGAGACCUGAUUCAGUCCCCCAGGAGUCCAUAAACGGGCUUUUGAGCCUUCGGACAACACAAGUCUCCAUAUGUGCAUUUAUCUCAUUUAUCAGAAUGGCCACCAGAAACAUCACAGAUAUCUCCUUCCUGCAGCUGCAACCCUUUCCCGAAACUUAGGACUCUUCACGACCAUGUCCGUAUGAUAGAACGGAUUCAUGAGUGUCUUGACCCACACAUCAUAGACUUCCACGAAAAAAUUCUUGACUCCUUCUUCUGUGGCUGCCGCUGUCGGAUUGUACAUACUUCCUUGCGCACUCAAGCGGGCAGAUGCCGCAGCAGAAGAGCGACCCCCGGGAGUAGUCAGUGUGUUUGUGGCCGAAUGUGUCUCCGGAUUUGACAGGAGCAGAAAUUUCACGUUGCCACCGGUCAAGAAACAGAAUAUGUACGACGAAGCGUAGCGGUCUAUGUACUUGAGGUACCUAGCAGUCCACUGUUAGCUGUGUUUCCAACGAACGCAAAGAUGUGCAAAGUGUGGAUUGUCCCGAUGGCCUACGAUAACAAAGUAGAAGGACAUUUUAGCAAGUUCCCAACAGCUACUGAGGUUAUUCUAUCGAGAAAAGUGUGCCAUCUCCUGGUGUUUUCUUCUCUCUGCUGUCACCAUCGGCGUUUCGAGGUGCGUGGUGGUUGUGCACUUCCUCGCGAUGGCCCAAAGCGGAAAUGCCAAGCUUGCGGACUUUCCCAUCCUCACUUCCGAACUCAUUUCUGGCGACAAGCGUCGAGAUCGUUCCUACCAGCCAAAACAAUGUUCGGACCUUUCAAGGCUACAUCGAAAUUACUGGGUGGGCUGUUGUGGAAAAUUCCAUGGCGCCUUUCAAGUCCGCGAAAGUACAGACACCGAUUACGACUGAAGCGUGUUGAUAAGAUUGUGUCCAUCCUUGACAGUGCUCUUUCGAAACAAGGCCUGAAAUUGAAGGCUGUAGAGAGAUGGAAAGCUGAGAUGCCCGCGGAACAUGAAAUUAUGCCAAAGGACAAAUACACUGUCUUUGAUCGGAAGCAAAGAGGAUACAGGAAAGGCAUUCACAAGGUACCGAAAUGGACGAGAAUAAGCCAGAGGAUCAACCCUCCCGGUUAUUAGCUUUAGUUCUGGGCCACGAGAGCAGUAUUGGACAGUAGCAAGGCCAAAUGCAUGUCAUCUAUUAGACUUGAACGAAUUCGGGAUUCGGCAUCUGUGUGGCAUAUUUUCAGAGACCAUGUAAGGCAUCAGAAUGUUUUUCCACCCUCCAACUAGCACGACGUUGGAGUCACUCUGGGACUUUAUGUGCAAUUUAAUUCCCAUUCCAAACA